AUGAUCUCUGCAAAGAACAUCUUUUUGGCUUUCUCGGUCAUCGCGAGUGUUCUGGCAAUGCCAGGCGACUACAACAAACGCCAAACAAUUACUACCAGCCAAACAGGAACCAACAAUGGUUAUUACUACUCUUUCUGGACCAACGGUGGUGGUACUGUCGAUUAUACCAACGGUGCGUCGGGAGAGUAUAGCGUGAGUUGGACAAACUGCGGAGACUUUACUUCUGGCAAAGGCUGGAGCACUGGAAGCGCCCGGGCAAUCACCUUCUCCGGAUCAUUCAACCCAUCUGGAAACGCAUAUCUUUCCGUCUACGGCUGGACUACUGGCCCACUCGUCGAGUAUUACAUCAUGGAGGAUUACGGCACGUACAACCCGGGCAGUUCCAUGACCUAUAAGGGUACUGUCACUAGUGAUGGCUCGGUGUAUGAUAUCUACGAGCAUCAGCAGGUUAACCAGCCCUCUAUCUCCGGCACGGCAACAUUCAACCAGUACUGGUCCAUUCGCCGAAACAAACGGUCUAGUGGAACCGUGACCACUGCCAACCACUUCAACGCUUGGGCUUCGCUUGGAAUGAACCUGGGUAGCUUCAACUACCAGAUUCUAUCUACCGAAGGAUACGAAAGUAGCGGAUCCGCAACCAUUACGGUUUCUUAA